GCGAGUAUCUCAUAUAAAGAGAAAAUGCAGGAAAUUUAUUAUAAAUAAACUAGGAUUCCGGCUAUCGAACCUAACAUCUGAGUGUACAUUUACUGCCGUUAAUAUUUAAGUCUAUUCUGCUUCUUCUCUUCAUCUUUCUCAUAGCUUUCGCAGUUCUAUAAAAGCCUUUCUUAAUUUCCUUCGUUAAGUUUACAGACAGAAGAAACAGUAAGCACUUUGUACGCAUUGUGUGCGGGUUUAAAAUAUCGUAUGUAGGCCUCAUUAAAAUAUUCAAAGGCAUUCAAUUGUAAUGAAUCAUUUUGCUGGAUUUGUACCGGGCAUCAAUUACAAUUAUAACUGUAUGUUUAUACUGCAUAUUUUAUUUAAAACAUUAUAUGUUAAAAAUCCGAUGCCUGACAUUUACUGGUGGUGUUGCGGAGACCCUCAAGUAUUAAUGAUGCAUUAAAAACGUGAAACUUGAUAAUAAGCAAAAUGAAAUUCAGACUCUAGCUCGCGCCAUGUACCAUAACAAAGCCCAAGAAAGUUUUUCGUAACUAAAGGAUCGAAUUAAGUUCAAACUGAGUCCCCGCUUCACAGUCAGCGAACGUUGCUUAGCAGUUCCAUGGCACCAGCUUGCCGCUUGCCUAGAAAUCUGGAAUGUCAGUAGCUCUGUUGCCGGCAUGGAGGUUGUGUGUGUGGUGGCGAUUUUUUUGGCAGCGGUGGCGACCGCAAGCGGGUCGGGAAUCCGGCCAGAAGGAAUGGUUCCAAGUCGAGGGAUCCCCCUCACACAUGCAGAUCUGCCAAACAAGUUCGAGGGACCAGCUCGUCGAACGCUUGAAACUUCGCUUGUAAAACUUCGACCAGAAUUUGUUACGAGAGAUUAUGAAAAAGGAAACUCAAUUGCCGCCCAACUCAAUGGAAACACGAAAUUGGAUUUUGCGCUUCUGCCUAGAGUGAAAAAGACACUUACGUCCGAUGAUUUGUACAAAAACUAUAAAAUACAUCAAGCCCAAUCAUUUACAACACGCUUACAAAGUCAAGAGCAAUCGAAAUCAAAAACUCAUCUCCUGAAUAGAGCUCUACCGACUGGGCGUCCAGCUGUUCAAUUUAAAAAUGAAAAUAAGCCAAAAAUCACAGUUAAAUCUGUAAUAAAACACGACCUGCACAUGCCUGAUACGGCAGGAACCCCAAAUGAGCAGCUAAAACGAAUAAUACCAAAUUUCAAACCAUCACAAAUGAUCCGAAAAGGUGUAUUUCCUCCUCAAGGUUUCCUUCCUUUUCAUCCUUCAGCUGGAGACAAUAACAGCUCAGGGAAUUUAAUGCUAGUAAUGCCUUCAAAACAGUUGAAGCUUACGAAACUUCCAUACAGCGCUAAUGAAUUGGGUGGUAAAAUGAAUCAAAUCCCUGAAAAUCACGAUAUGAAUAGUUUAAGAACUGUAAUCGGGGAUUUAUUUCUUGGAAGAAAUCAACCUAAUCUCAAACUGCCUACAGAAGAAAUCACAAGCAUACCUCGACAAUUUACAAUAAGCUCAACAAUCUCAAAAGAUUCAAACUUAAGGAAAGGUUUGCAGGUUCCCUUAGAACUCAUUGAUCCCAGUACGGAUCCCACUGAACGUAAAUCUUCAUCACUUGGACAUUUUUUGGAAAGAGAUACUGCCGAUUCAAUUUCCCAUAUGUCACAUUAUUCUGAUGGUCAAAAAAUUAUUAAAGAAUCAGAAAAAAAUGAAACUGUUGUUAAAAUUGAAUUGUUGAAUUCAAGCUCUGUAUUGGAAUCUAAUUGGAAAGGUAUUGAUCUCGGCGAUGUGAUUAAAUGGGCAUCGAAUGAUUACGAACUAUCAAAACCAGAAAAAGUGGAAUCUUCCCAGAUCUCUGACAAUUUUGCAACGACAGAGACGUCGCCAAAGCCAAAAGUUUUCAAAUCUUGA